GGUGCUGAGCGAUCUCUAUGGUUACUGGCUGACGGACAGCUGACCGUCGAGAGUCUGAGAGGAGACUAGUUUACAGUAGUUCAGUUAGUGUAAAGUUCCUGAUAAUAACUGAUGAUGGCUAAAAGUGACGGUGGCUCGUACUUCAGGAGAUCCAGUCUCUUCUGGAUGGUGGUCGUGACGGGGUUUUUGAGUUUUUACACGUGGAUGGUGUUUUGGCCUCAGGACGUCCCAUACAGCAGUCUGGGUCCUCUCGGUGCUCUGGCCAAGCAUUUCGUGGACUAUCAUUAUCCUGUGAUGUAUUAUGGAUGGUUUCUGACGUGGGUCAUCCAUCUGUUCGAGGGUGUUUUUGCUCUGAAGAUCUGCAGUGAUAAAGGCAUCGACAGCUCGUCCACACGCUUGCUGUGGUUCGCUCAGACGUUUCUGUUUGGUCUCGCGUCUCUGGGUCUUCUGAUCAGAUACAAGCCGGACGGCCGACGCAAACGCCAGUGACCCACACCAGAGCUCGUGUCCCAGAGCACACUGACCUUUAUAUCCCAGAGGAUUCAUCAACCUGCAGGUUACAUCUGAACAGUCACAUCCACCUCACUGAUUCUGGAACAGUCUUUCUCUAAAGGUUAAAUCACUCGAGGCCUGGUUUACCUGAUCCUGGUUCAGUACUGUAACGUCUCUCAGCACAGAAGAUCACUUCAGCUCACAUCUCAAGAACCACGAACCUCAAACCUCACACUGUUAUUAUACAAGCUAACCUGGACUGAAGAGUUAGAGUGGAUCUAGUGUCUCAUCUCCUGUAAUGUAACGCUCGCAGGUUACACAGAGAAACAUCCAGACAGAUUCAGACACCCAUACUCCAUAUAAGAUAUAAUAAUUAUUUCUGUACAUGGGGAAAAAUGGUGUAGGAUUUGCUCUUAAACUAUUUUCACUCUGAAACUGCUAGAUUAGAUGCAUUUCAUGAAUAUUUACAAGAUAAAUCUGUAUCAAACAUGACAAUUUUGAAGUGGGAAAAAUUUAAAUGAUUUGGCAACACUUGAAGCCUUUAUUCAUAAUGCAUUAUAAAGAUAUUCAUAAUGCAUAAUGUAAUGCAUCGUAUCUUUUAAAUAAUUAAUUGCAAUCAAAAUGCAUCAUAAUAUUUGCAUAUUGCGUUUUGCAUCUAACAUUGGUGGUUUGUCAUGUUUGAAGGCAUUAUCAUUUUUAAAGGUGUAACAAUGAGUGUUAUAAUGUAUUAUAACUCUGGUUACAAUUAUUCAUAUGAAUAUACAGUGCAUUAUAAGGUGCAUAAUUAAUGCAUAAAUAAUACUUUUACAAUUAAUUAUAUGAAAGGCUUUAAGUAAAGUGAUACUGUGUGGUUUUAUAACAAGUGCUUCAAUAAUAUGUCUUUGAUUUUCAACUUUGAACAUUCUGCUGUAAUAAUGGUCAUCUGCGGUCAUUUUAAAGAAAUGGAAAUAAACGCUCUGAUUUAA